CAACUCCCAGCGGCCUCCGCGAACGCCCUUAAUCCAAGAUGGUGGCCAAGAGGGGAGAGGAAACGAGUUCUUCAACUUUCAAUGAUCUUUGGCAAGUUAUGGGACCCGCUGCAACAGGAAAGUGAAUUCUUAUUUCACAGAACUGUGGCCCAAGAGCGUUCCACGGCAUGAAUCACACGCAUCUCAUCACUUUUACCCGAGCCAAAGAGAAAGCUGACACCUGGGAAAAUGGUGAACGACGAAAAACUCCCAGCUGCAGAAACAGAAUUUUGAACGGAGACGAGGUAAAGAAUUUCUAUGAGAGCCUUCUUGCGUCAAGUAGUGAGGCAGGUACAAGUUCAGUUCGGAGACGUCAAGUUGUUUGGCGGAGGUCAAAGACUGAAAGUGCUGAAGGGCAACAAAAUGCAAGGAGCCUUCCUGAAGCAGUGGAGAGGAAUGGACAUCUGAUUCUCAAAUGUGCUCAAAAUGGGGACCUGAAAGCACUUCGAAGGUUGGUGGAGACAGCAACAUGUGAUAUAAAUUUCCGGGACAGUUACUACUGGACAGCUAUGAUGUGUGCAGCAUACAGUGGCCAGGCAGAGGUGGUGCGAUACUUAUUGAAACGUGGGGCUGCAUGGAUCGGAGUAUGUGAUUCCACAGGUCGAGAUGCAUUGGAUUUGGCCAGACAAGCUGGGCAUUCAGAGAUCAUUGCAACUCUUGAAGAAUUUCAUACUCACCAGGAGGAACAGCAAGAUCUAAGGGAGAGGCCAUGGCAGAAGAAAUUCUGCCAGAUUUGUGAAGUGGAAUAUCAGGAGGACAGCGUCGAACAGCACGAGAGGUCGACAUUGCAUUUGUUCAGUAAGAAUGAUAAGCCAGCGCCGACUUAUUACUUCAUUCCAGAAACGAACGUUGGUUUCAAGAUGAUGUUGAAGGAAGGUUGGAACAAGGAAACAGGUCUUGGACCUGCUGGGAAGGGGCAGAAGUUUCCAGUGAAGACUGUACUGAAGAGAGAUCAGAAGGGCCUGGGAUUCCAGACGGAUCUGAAGCCAAAAGUGACACAUUUUAAUGCCAACGAUUCUGAAGCAGUGAAACGACCGAAAAAUCCAAUCAGUCGAGUGCAGAAAGCCGCUACAGUCAGCAAAAGGGAGGAACGCAGGAGAGAGGCAAAGGAGAAAGCAUGGGAGAAAGAUCUGAGGACUUACAUGAAUCUUUAAGAACUGAUUUUAAGAUAUGUCAAUUUAUUAAGUAUUUUGUGUUCAUUGGAAAGUGUUUGGUGUUCACUAAUGUGGUUAUGGAUCUCCUCUUGGCUCAGUGGAUGUUCCCAUUUCUGAAUCAGAGCCUUGAAGCCCAAUGUCAGGACUUGAGUUUAUAAUCCAGACUGACGCUGCAGUGCUGUAGUGAGGGAGUGCUGAGCUGUUGAUGACUGUCUUUUGACUGAAAUGUUAAACAAAAGCCUUGUGUGUCAGUGCAUGUUGAAAGUUCUGCAACUUUUUGAUGAGCAGGGAGUUCUCCAUUUCCUAGAUUGAUGUUUUUUAAUCAGACAUUUAAGUUAACUGGCCAAACUUUUCAUUGUUGUUUGUGAAAUUUUCCUGUGUGAAAAAUGUGGUAACUGCAUUUCAGUGAUUAAAGCACAUACCUAAAGAAAAAUGUGAUACUGAGCUAUGUAAAUCAAAAGCAAAUGAAAGGCUAGUGACCUGAAAUAAUAAAAUAAAAGCAAAUUACUACGGAUGCUGAAAAUCUGAAAUAAAAAUAGAAAAUGCUGGAAAAACUCAUUAGGUCUGGCAGCACCUAUGAAGAGAAAGAGAGUUAAAGAUGUGUCAUAUUGGACUUGAAACAUUAAUUCUCUCUCCACAGAUGCUGCCAAACCUACUGAGUUAAUGCUUCGAGUCCAAUAUGAGGCUUCUUUACCUCUCUUUCUCUCCACAGUUGCUGCCUGAUUUUGCUGAUUGUUUCCAUUUUUUUCUGCAUUUGAGAUUUAUAACAGCCACAGUAUUUUGCCUCCCACACAAGAAGGGAGUGGCUCUGUGAUUAGUAAUCCACGAAUGCAGUCUCCAUAAUAUUUGGCUGAAAACUUAAAAUUUCUCAGAAUGGGAGUAUUGUUAAAGCCCGAUAAUUACAGAGAAAAGAAGCAACUUAUUGUUUACAUGAAAACAAAAUUAAACCAUUUAUUCCCAAAA